AUGAUUGACAGAUAUGGCACCACCCAAUAUCCAUUGAAUAUUUACUAGGCUGUUACUAUUGGAAUUGAAUCUGACAGAUUAACUGUGCCUUAUAUGUAAGGGAAGGCAACUCACCUUAAAACUGAUACUCCGAUAAUCUCAGUAACAUAAGGUAUUUGGUUCAGAUAAUAUCUCAAACUUUUAAUUCUCUAGUCCCCAUAUGGUACUACAUCAGAAUUUGUAGGAGUAGGGAAGUAAAAUUAGCCAGGAUCAUACUUGAAUGUAAUGGAUGUUCAUUACAACAAUAGAAUAUCUGGAUAAUUCGUUGAUUAUCAAUAUUUUGAGGAAGAAAUCUACCUUCAACAAAUGAAAGCUUAAAGAGAGAUUGAUUUCCCAGCUUAUUCAUUUCCAGAUACAAGUACUCCAUAUUCAAAAGCAUUAAGAAUAGAGAAAAGAAUAAAAAUUAAAGGAAUUAAAAGAGAUGUCUAAAGUUAUACGAUAGAGAUGUGGAUAAAAUUCUUAACCUUGCCUACUUAGAUAUUUUUACUUUAUGGUGAGUGCGAAACUCCUAAUCUAGCCUGCGAAAAAAUGAGAUUUAGUUUAGACACUGCUGCUAAAAGCCUCUAACAUCAAGUUAAUGAUUAAUUCAUCAAAACUUAGACAAUGACUUCAUCUGUAUUGUCAAAUUAUCAAGAUUGGAAUUACGUCUCAACAGGUUUUAUUGAAGACUCUAAUUUUCCAGAUAGAGCCAAAGUUUUUUUUUUGUAGAACAUUAAAUUUGAAGAGUAAAUUAUAAAUACUUACACAAGCAACUUCUAAUUCUCUGAGGAUUAUAUAUUUAUUGCUGCCAAAUCUACAGCAGAAUCAUUAACUCCUUAAAUCUACAUCAAAGAAUUGAGAGCUUGGAGUCCGAUGAGAAGUUAGCAUGAUCUGAUCAUGUUUAGAAGAAAAUACCUAGAUGCAAUUUAACCUGCUGGAUUACUUUAAUACUAUAGAAUUGAUUGGAAUCCAACUUAUCCUACUAUUAUAAGAGAUUAUUGCGUGAAUAACUUAGGAUAGUAAGCAAUAGAAAAUGAAAAUACAUUAUGGGAUACUUCAACGUUUUUCGUAUGCUCCACAGGCACAUAUGUAUCAGGUACAUCUUGCACAGCAGAAACUGCUGAAAACGAGUAUAUUAUCCCAUAAACCUCAGCAAUUGGUUGGAAUAUUGAAAUAACUCUUGAUAACUAAGAUAUUUUGGUGGAGGUUUGGGUGUUAACUUAAUCAGCAACAACAUCAUAUAUUAUAGCUGAUCAUGCAGAAUGUAAUUUAGGGGAUUGCUUAUUUAAGUACACUGCUUCUAAGGAACUCUAAUACAUUUAAGAUUAAACUAUUACUCCCUACACUGUUCUUAACUCAAGUGUCAAUACAGGAGGAUGGAAUCAUUUUGCAUACUUAGUUAGCGAGAAUUAUAUUCAAUUGUUUUUCAACAAAAUAGACUUAGGUUAGUAAAUGCUUACAUCUUAAUAAACCAACAGACAUUUAAUGCUAUCAAGAAGUUCUAAAUUUAAAGGUUACUUUAAAGAGCUCAAGAUCUACACUGGAUUUGACAUUAAUGAUAGGAAUUUCAUCUAUAUGGUACUUAAAAACUCAUAAGGAGUUAUUAGUAUUCCAACUGAGUAUCCAUUUUUAGUUGCUUACUAUAAAUUAACAAGCCCAGAUUCGAUCACAAUGACAGAUGCCUAUUCCAAAUUUUAUUUGUAAGUAUUUGCUAAUUAUUUUCCUUAAUCCAAAAAGUCUAUCAAUAACGAAUACCCGUUUAAUUUUGAUCAUCUUUCUUUGUACCCUUACUAGGAUUCAGUUGGGCAAAUAAUUAAACUUGGACAAGUGGUCUACUUGAAGAAUGAAUUCUCUGUGAUGUUUUGGGUAUAAUUUUUCUUCGUAAAUAUCCUCAAUUCAGUUCUCUUAAAAAUAAGAUGGGUCUGUCAAGGCUGGUAUCAUAUAGCUUUUACCUCAGUAUCUUAAUAAGCAGGCAGUUUGGUUAUCAAUGGACUUGGUGAUUAUAAACAGAGAGAGUAUUACUCAAACAGCCAUGGAGACUGUAGUGAUACUACACCUGCAACUGCUAUUAAUCUUAAUGUAGAUGUGAAGGAUACGAUAUCACUUAAAGAAUUUACUUUUAUUAAUGAUGCAAUAUCUAUCAAUCAGCAAAAAGUUGUUGCUUUCACACCCUUUAAAUAUAAGAAUCAGGCAUUGAUAUAUAAUAGAUUAGAUUCAGAACAAAAUUAUGGCUAGAUUCAAGAUGACAUAUAUUUUAUAAAGAACCAGGUGAAUUAUUAAGGCUCCGAGAGAAGAGCUGUAUAUUUUGAAUGGAGGUAUGAUCCAUAUAGUCCAAUGCUGUGUAACGAUACAAAUCAGUAUCAGCCUUUAAAUCUGCAAUGCGCUAAGGCUUAUUUUAGAGAAAAAAAAUUUGGUGAUUGCUAUAUUUCUAAUUGGGACAAUUCUUAAAUAUUAGAUCCUUUUACUGGUAAUGUAGCAUCAGGAAUGUAUCUUGGUAUUGGUGCUUGGGUAAGAGUUACAUCUUCUCCAUCCAUAUCAAAUGCAUAUUUCACAUACGUUAGAGUAGGAUCUCAAAACGAUGGACAUAUAUCCUUAUUAGGUUAAAAUAGUCCAACACCUCCAAGCUAUAAGACUUUGAGAAUGGGAGGUGAAAUAUAUGGUAGGAAUUCUUUAGGUAGUAUUACAGGGGCAAACGCUAUAUCAUAAGAUUCUUCUAGUUCUGGAGAUUGUACUUCUUAAACUUACUGCUUUUUAUUCACAAUAGCUAGUUCAAAUUCUAUUCAAACAUAUUCUAGUGGAGUUAAAGUGGCAGGUCCAGCCUCGCACUCCAUUGCUUCUUAAGUUAUAGAUAACAUUAUCAGUAUCGGAUGCAGUGCAAGCUCAGUAGAUAAUUAAUGGACAGGCUAUAUACAGCAUGUAAGAGUUAUUUUUGCUCAAAAUGAUUAUACUCCUAGUGACAUAACUAAAAUGAUGCGUUAAAAUGCUCCUCCUAUUAAUAAUAUCGGUGUAGAAUAUGAUUUAAGAUAUGACUUAACUUCUCAAGAUUUAGAAUACGAAACUUUUGAUCCUACCGAUGAUUUAUCAUAUUUAAUGUAUACAGCAAAUUCUCCAGAUACCUCUAUAAAUCAUGAUCAAAUAAUUUAAAUGAGAAGAUCAACAUAAACUCUUGAUAUUAAGAACUCAAUUCCAAUCAUAAUUGAGAAAGACUUGAUUGAGUAUUCUAUAUAGUUCUGGGUAUAUACUACAACUAGUACUUCAAUAUUUAAUAUUGACGGAUAAAUGAUUUUAAAUGUCAUCAAUCAAAGGUAUCUAGAAAUUCAAACAGGCUAGCUAAUUUUAAAAUUUACUAUAGCAAUCUGGUGCUCUUCUACUCUCCUUAAUAAAGUAAAGAAUAUUCUCGUUAAGGCAACUCACAAGUAAAUGAAUUUUGGUAAUAUGGAUAAAGUUUUGACGUUAUUGAUUUAUAUUCUCGCUCUAUAGGAAUACCAACCACUUGUUAAUUUGGCGAAGGUUAUGAUUCCUAUGAGUGCCUAACAAAAAAGUAUCUUAUAUUUUAAAGUCUAGAAGAAUGACUUAAAGGUAUUAUUUUCUGAGGAUAACCCUUCGCUAAAUCAGAAUGUUUAUAUUGAUACAUUAGUUAAAGCAAGCAUUGUAAGAUUGAGUAGCAUUGAAGUAUCUUCAUGGCAUCAUUAUUCAUUCUAAUUCGAUGUUGAAGAUAGCUUGAAAAUAUAUACUGAUGGCAAUGAUCUUUAACAAACCGUUGAUAUAGCAUCUGAAAAUCUUGGAUCUCCAAAUAAGGCUGCGAUAACGAUUUGUCCAGGCAUCUGUUAAAAAUUCUCAAUUUAUGAUUUAAAAAUUUGGAAUGAUUUCUAGGUGUAUACUUAUUCUGAUGUCAUUUAUAUGAACAAAUCCAUUGGAAAUAGCAACAAACUUUUAGCUUACUAUCCGUUUGAUGAAAUGUGGGGAAACAUUUUAAAAGAUGAUGUCUAUGGCUACUAGGUUGAGUUAUUUAAUUAUGACCACACCUAAAACUAUAAAUUAAUAAGAUGGGAGGACUCUGAUUUUUAUACUGCUAACUAUUAACAGCCUUUAAUUUGUUAACAUAACCACAUAUAUGACUAUGAUUUAAGACAAUGUGUACUUUAGCAAGACACUUACUAUACUAUUGAAUUUGUAAAUACAAACAAUCCAGUUAAACUUGACUUAUCUACGAAUAGAUACUAUUCGAAGGAGUGGACUUUUGAUUACUACUUCAAAUAUAUCACUUAUAAUGAUCCAUUAACAGGGGGGCCAGACUUACCCAUCAUUGGUUCUGAUAUUUGCACAAAUACUGGAAGUAAACUAGAAUCAACUAUAAGAGAGACAAAUGGAAAUAGAUAUUUUUCAACCACUGUAAAGGAUAACUCUGGUAGUACAGAUGUUCAAUUUAAUGUAAUUAAUGCUAUUAGUGAAAAUACUUGGUAUCAAAUAACAAUUACUAAUCAAGCUAGUGCAUCCUCUUUUGCAUUUCACUAUUUAAAUCUUGAUAAUGCUAGUAAAAUUAGCUCAAGAAACUUUUAAUCUCUUGCUGCAUGUGAUUAUAUGAUUUCCAACUCAAAGACAGGAUAAGUGAAUAAUGAUUUAAGAGUCCGUAUUAAAGAACUCCGUAUUUGGAAUAAAGAUUUAAAUUUGAUAGAAUUGAAUAAUUAUGACAAGAUGACUUUACCAAAAAGAUAUCUUGAAAUUGCAGCUCUUUUUAAGUUUUAGGAUUUAAAUUUUGUAGAUGAAGUAACCGGUAUGUAUAAUCUUAAAGAUGACUUAGUAGAUUACAGAAUAAAGUAUGAUACUGGAAUCAGAACUAAUUGCCCACUUGGCUUUAGAUAGUUCUACAAUGGCUAUUCUUAUUCUAUUUAAUCAAAGGAAGAUGUUGGUCUCUUAAAGUUGCUAAAGAUUGGAUCUCUUACCUUAUCAGACUAGAACAUCUAUAUUAAAAAUCCAAUCAUUAUUUUCCCAAGUGUGAACUAAUAUCAAUCAUUCUAUCAAGCAAGAAUGCAAAGAUUUAUGAUUAUGAACAAGAUAGUCUAUAUGACAGAAAGAACUAGUCUUUAAGUUUAUGACCUUAAAACUCUUUAACUUCAAUCAAUCAAUUCAGUCAAUGGCGGUGUUUCCUAUGUCCAUUAACCAUAAGGUUGUCCAGGUGAUACCGAUUAGGAUGAUAAAACUAUUGGUGGUUGCUUGCCUAAAUCAACAAUGAAAAUGUUUAAUACUAAUUUCAAUACUGCUUUCAGCAGUUCUACUGUAAACUUUAAGUAUCAUUUUACGACUGGUUUAUGGCUAAAUGUUGUUAAAUUAAAUCCACUCAGUACUCUUGAAUUCUUCAAACUAAAAAACGUUUUAUAACUUCAGGUCCUACAAGAUAAAACUUUAAACAUAAUUACUUUCAAGGCUUCUACAUCGCCCCUCUCAAAGAACUCGAUGAAUUUUCAAAUAGACGAGGGAGUAUGGAUUGCAGUUGCAGCAGUUAAAACAAAUCAAGGAUUUUGGGAAAUUUAUAGUAAAAAUAUGUUUAAGGACGAAAUUGAAGAUACAAGAGAUUCAUAUUAUGGAAAGUUGACUUAAUUAGUAAUAGGAGAUGUCACUUUAAAAAGUCAUGUGCUAAAGAUUAAAAAUGUGUUUGGAUUUGCUAGGCAACUACUUCCUGGCUAGUUGAUGGAAUGCUUUCACAAAAGAAUUUCUUCAUAUGAUUUCAGAUACUCACUUCUAUUUUACUACAGAAUGGAUGAAGAUAAGGGAUAAUAUUUUUAUGAUGACACAAUAUAUAAGAACUAAAUGAAUUUGACAACUCCAGUUACGUAAGGAUAUGCUACCUGGGAUAGAAAAUGGGAAUAAGUAAUUUUUAAUGAAGAAACUUGGACUCUCGAUUUCGUUACUCAUCAAUAUUUAGACAGGGGAAUAUAUUUUUAAAAAGGGAAGACUAAAAGACUUACACUAGCUCCUAUGCUUGAAAAUAUCCAAAACGAAUUUUCUCUUGAAUUCUGUUUAUACCUUAAAGAUAUCUAGUCAAGCUAGGUAGUGCUUGGUAUUACUCAGAUUACUCGAAUAAUGCUUAGAGGUGAAAAUACUGUGGAUUUCUAUCCUGAUUUAUCUAAUUAUAUUACUAUUUCUCCUACAUAAACAGCUAACAAUCUUAAGGACAAAUGGUUGUAUGUAAGUGUUGCUAAUUCAGUUAAAUUCUAGAAAUCCUAUAUUUCUAUUGAUAACACUUCAUUAACUGAGAUAUAAACAAAGCUUUCGGGCUAUUCUCAUGUAAUUAAUACCUUAACUCCAAUUUCAUUUUAUAUUGGAGAUGAUACAAAUUCAUUUACUGGCUUUUUGAGGCAUGUUAAAAUAUUCAGAGCAUAUAGAUCUCUCGGCUAAUCUCGGUCGAGCAUCCACCAUGAGAUGGGAUUUUACCUAGGUCUAAACAAUGAAAAUCUAGCGGCUUUGUAUCCAUUGACUGAGCCUUUUGGUUACUUUGUGAGAGAAUAAAAGACUGGGAUACUUAGUUUUUUCUCUUUGACUGAUUAUGAGCAUAUUAGUUAUCCAUCUAGACCAGUAAUGUGUAACGGAGACCUAAGAUAUUCUGAUCUAGGGUUUUGCGAAAGUAACUAGAGAUUCUUAAAAUUGAAUUAGGAAAUAUAAUUUAAAAUCCCUCUCAAGAAUUCCAAAUGCUUUACCCUGUCAUUUUGGGCAUAUUUUAAACUCUUGAAAGACUAAUUUGUUAUAAUAAUUACUGAUAGGAUUACUUUAAUUUUCGAUAGCUCCCAAGACUCUAUAAUUCUGAGAGAUGGUUUAAAUGCUUUUACAUUGAAAAGGCUAGACUAAAUGCUUAACAGUAAAUUUACAAAAAAGUGGAUACAAGCAUCAGUGAAACUUUGCGAUGAAUUAGAUUAACUGUACAUAGUGAUUGCAUAUCAAAGUGGUUCAACUAUAGAGAGUGAAUCGAGAGGUAAUGAUGCAUACAAAGUAGAUUUUUCUAGUGAGACAACAAACAAGAUUUGUGCUUUUACAAGCACACUUGAUAAUGACUUAUACUUAAAGGAAAUUUAAUUUUACUCAACCUACGUAUCUACUUAUUGGAUUACAAAUUAUGGGAUGAAAACUAAAAAUAAGGAUAAUAAUAUGCUUGUAGGUUAUUAUAAAUUAGAUGAGAAUUCUGGAUAUACUUUGCUUAAUACAGCUACAAAUGCUAGUACCCCCGACUCAAUAACUUAGCCAGUAGGUUCCAUUAGUUGGGUAUUUGAAGAUCAGAUUUAUUCAGUGACAUCUUAAACUCCUGCUUUGUAUUGUCUUGAAACAUUUACUCAAUUAGUUGACUAACACUGUGAAAUGUGGUCAGAAUGUAGUCCAGCGUGUUUUAACAACAGAGAAUGCUCUGGCCCUAUGGAGCCUGAUUGCUACCAGCCUCCUACCACUUACUAUUUUAAUUCAACAUUUGAGAACUAUUAUCUAGAUUGCUACUCACUUUGCUUUACGUGCAAUACAUAUUGGUACAAUAACUGCGAUGAUUGUCAAAUAGGUAUAAUUACAUUCAGAUAGCAAUGCUUAUUAAUUUGCCCUUAAGAUUGGUAUAAAGGAUAUCAAACAGAUUUGGAUAUUCUGACAUGCUACAAAUGUGAUAAUCCUUACUGUAUUUGUGAUGCAGAUCAUAAAAAUGCCUGUUACAGCUGUGUCUUAGGUUCUAAUCGGCUUUAUAUAACCACUCCUAAACCAGAUUGUAUUGAAAGAUGCCCAGAUGGUACAUAUUAUAAUUAAAACGGAUUAAGGUGUGAUGAUUGUGCCUAUUAGUGUGCAACAUGCUAUGGAGGUAAAAACGGUGAAUGCAUGCUUUGCGCUCAAAAUUAUACUUUUAAUGAUGGUCGUUGUCUUGAGCCGACAUGUUAAGGAAAUGAGUAUCUCUCAGUAUAUCUUGAAUGUUUGGAAUGUGAUGAGAGCUGUGAAAGUUGCGUGGGAUCAGGAAAUAAAAAUUGCACUAAAUGUUCAAAUCCAUAUUAAUUCAGCUAAGGCUAGUGUCUCUUGUGUGAUGAAAUAGAGGGCAUGAAAUCUCCAAAAAUAAAUGGAAUUUGUGAUGAAAUAUGCGGUGAUGGCUUAUUUUUAGGAAUACAUUAAUGUGAUGAUUCCAAUCUAGUUAAUGGAGAUGGUUGUGAUGAUAAUUGCAAUAUAGAAUCAGGAUUCAACUGUGAUGCCACUUAAUGCGUAAAGAUUCAAGGUCCCAAACCAAUACUUAAGAUUAAUGAUUAAAAUUCUUUGUUAACUGUCUCAUUUGACUAAAGAAUAAUAAUAGAAGAAGGAGCAUUAUCUCAAAAUGAUUUGGAUAUUUAAAUAAAGAAGCCUAAUGGGCAGUUUAUUAAGAUUGAUUGGGAAGGUUCUGUUGACAAGGAUUUCGUAAAACUUAACAAACUAGAGGUGAAAUUAACCAUCAAAACUUCCUUGAAGGGAAAUGAGAUUUAAAUAAUGCCAGAUGGAAAAUUAUUUCGGUCAAAACAAUAUGAGACUCUUAUAGCAAAUGGGUAGAAAGCUCAAAUUAAGCUAUUCAAAAUGGAUUAUACAAUUUCUAAUUUAAACAAAGUAAUCAGCAGAUACAAAUAGGUGACUACUUAAACACUAGUAGCUACAGCAACGACAAGUUAUAUCUUAAAACUCCUAUUGCAAGGUUCAUUUGGCCAAAUGUUUGAGAUGAUAAACACUAUCUAAAUUUUAUACUACAUGCCAUUAAUUUAGAUUCGUUACACAUAACUUCUAAAAGAUACUCUUAAAAAUCUUUAAAUGUCUACUCUCAACAUCCCAGUGCCUGGGCUGGACGAUGAGUAGCAUGUAUUCAAUAGGUUAUUUGCAGAUGAUUAGUAUAAUGAUUUCCCUUUUAACGAAGCUUUCUAUGAUUUUGGUAUAUAAGGGACCGUUUUCGUUUUGAUAUAUAAGCCUAAGCUUAUAAUAUGGAUUAUCGCUAUUGGUGGUUAUCCAAUGUUCCACUUGAUUAACAAACUUUAUAAAAGAAAAGAUUGGAUUGAAGGAUUUUACAGAUUUAAUUUUGCAAUACAGGCUUUUAUUGAACUAUAUUUAGAAAUGUGUAUUCUAUGCUUGAUUGGUAUUUUUAAUACUUUAAUAACAGUUUUACCAUUGAACUUAACUGAUGUGAUUAUGAGAAACUUUGACAAAUUACAUUUAGAGGAAUUUGAUCAUAGGUAUGGUGCAUUAAUUGACAAUUAGAGAGUCAGACCUAACAAAACUAUUAUUAACAUGUGGAUUCCUCUGUUUUUUAUCAGAAGAUUCAUGUAUGCAGCUACUAUAGUGCUAUUUCAAAAGAACGGAGUAUUAUAAUUAUCAAUCAGCGCAUUUAUCACUUUGGUUGUUCUACUAUGGGCAAUUGCUAUACGUCCAUUUAAAACAUUUAUCUCUAACUUCCUUACAAUUUAUAAUGAGACUACUAUUUUAUUUUGCUUUAUCGCUUCCUUUUAUUUCAAUUAAGAUGAUAAAUCUGAUUCAGAAAGGGAGGAUGUUUCUUAUAUCAUUAUAAUGGUAAUCACCGCUUGUGUUGCUUUAAAUCUCUUAGCAAUGAUUGGUGAGAUGGUUAAAAAUAUAUUCUCAAUGCUUAAAAUAUUUUUCCAAUUCAUAUUCAGAGAGGACAUAAAGCCUAAAAAGCAAGAAAGCAAAAUUAAAAAUGCAAGAGUUCAAGAUGAGAAAAGAAAUGAGAGCAAGGAAUAAUUUUAUUCAGAGGAUGAUACUUUGGCAAGAACUUUUUAGAACAGUACAUUGAAGAACAUUCUAAGUGAUCAUGCUAGAUCACCUAAGAAAAUUGAUAAAUAAUAAAUAUAUGUUUCAAAACUAGAAUAAUUUUAGAAAGCAGAAUAGGACUAUUCAGCAUACGAAAACAUUAACUAAAAUUCUAUAUUCAAUACAUCAGUGUCUAAUAACGACAGAUUUGAUUUAACUAAAGAGUCUAUUUUCUCAGACACAUAUUUGUUUAGCCCUGAAAUUAAAGUUACCAAAAGACGCUCAAGCUUAGGAAUACUCAUUAAAAACCUUAAACGUAAUGAGAAAAAUGUGAAAUCUUAAAUAAUCAAUGCGAAUGAGAAGUAAGAUUAGAGUAAUUGGAGUAUUCCUAAUAUGACAAUUUAAAAGUUAUCGAAUGAAUUUGAGAAGUCAGAAGAUAAUAAAAUGUAAGAAGAGGAAAAAACAUCAUAACCAUAGGAUGUUAUUGACUAAAUAAAAAGAAGAUAACUUAGAAACUAAUAGUAAAAUAACCUUCAGUAUUAAAGAAGAAAAAAUAGCUUAAAUAUACUCUAAGGUAGAGCUGAAGUUGACUAAGGGAUAAAAGAUUAGUAAAUUAGCGAUGAUGAAAUCGUAAAUGUAAGUAAAAAUUCUCCCUCUAAGGGGAUAACACUUGGAUGGAAUAAAAAUUAGAGAAGUUCACAAGGUAAUCAACAAUUUUAAAAUUGGAAAUGA